AAAGGAAAGAACAAGGAAGCAUCUCUUCAGCUCUCCCAAGAACCAAAAUGGCUUCUCAAAUCCCAAAACCAUUCUUUCUUCUUCAAAUUUUAAUAUCGUCGAUGGGUCGACCAACUUUCUUGGUGUUUGAAUCCCCAAAUAAAUGCUGUUUUUCAAACCCAAGAGAGAGAGACCUGGAUUCCCUUCUCUAUAUAACUGCACGCCCCUUAGUACUCGUCAUACAAAGUGAACAACACGGUUCGUACCACUAGAGUUAUUGCAUGCGCCACCAUGGGAGAUAGAAAGAACAAGAACAAGAACAAGAACAAGAAGGUUUUGUGGAGAUCACGAUCGUCUUUCGGAAGCUAUAUUAGAGAACAAAAAGGAAGACUUUACAUUAUUCGAAGCUGCAUCGUAAUGCUCCUCUGUUGGCACGACUGACUCCAAUGUUCAUGUUGAUUUGUUUUUAAAUUUAGUGAAAAGGGUUCGUACCACUAGAGUUGUUGCAAACGCCACCAUGGAAGACAGGAAGAACAAGAAGGUUUCGUGGAGAUCCCGAUCAUCUUUCAAAAGAUAUAUUAGAGAGCAAAAAGAAAGGCUUUACAUUAUUCGAAGCUGCAUCGUAAUGCUCCUCUGUUGGCAUGACUAACUCCAUUAUUCUAUCGUCUUGUUUUUAAUUUUCAUGAAAAGGGUUCGUACCCGUAGAGAUGUUUUGUUCGAGCAUUAUUUGAAAUCCCGACAAAUUGAGUUGAUCGGUGAUGAUAAUAGCCUAGACUUGAGCUCAGUGAUU